CGUUGUGCUCCUGAAUUCAGGAAAACGAAAAUAAAUUGAACUUUACCUGUUGUGUACCCGACACUUCUUGGCAAUCUCGCUGCUUUCGCUUUGUUCAUGUUCAGCGAAAAUUCCUCUAUGUGGACUUUUUGUUUUUGUUAGCCGCCGCUCCCUACUUUAGCUACCUAUGUGCCUCAUUUUUUGCCUGCAAUUCUGAUCCACAUCCACCUUUUUGUCGUUAGCAAGGCAAGUAGAAGCUCAGUGGAGGCACUAACAGUUCUUUGCAACUGCACUUGUAACCCGGUAGUUCUAGUAGUCCAUGAGCAUGAGGUAGCUGUACCUGCUUCUCGAGGUCAUUCCGUAUAUUUUUCCGUAUAUUUUGAGCUAUCAUUAUCUAUCAGAAAUAAUUGCAGCCUAGAAAUCCAAAUCUUCAUCUUGUAAUUCUACCUCUACGUCGUUUUUGGUAUAAAGUUUUUCAUCGUCCUUCUACUAGCUUGCAUCUCGUCCUCAAAAAGAAGAACUGCAACUGGAACAUCUUCAUGAUGUCAGCAAAAAUAUUCGGGAGUCUAGUUGUACGCCUGUUGGCGGCAUAUCUUCUCGCUGUUCUGGACGAAGCCAGUGUAGUCCUCCUAUUCGCAAGGGCCGCCACCUCGAGCGAGCCUUACAACCCGCCAGACCAUGCCGUCUUACCGGUGUCGAAUAGCAAUGGGUGCCUGCAAAUUGCAGGAAAGCAUGUUCAAGACUUUUGCGGGAAUGUCUUGUGCGACCUCCUAGAGGUGAAUAGUGCCUUAAAGAAGCACUACAAUACUUGCCUGUGGCCCGCGCCAGGAGAGGACAGUGAGCUACUAGGGACCCAUCCACGAAAGAAGCGCGCAGCUGCGUACUGUGCGUUGAACUGCGGCUUGGCCACCUGCGCGCAGUGUAUUUGCAGUCACUGCGUGCUGCAGUCUUCCUGCGCAGCCGCAAUGCUUCCAGCCGCGGCUAUAUCCCAACUUACGAGUUCAUGCUGCUGCGAGCCUUGCUGCUGCGUUCAAAGAACAAUGACCGAGGGAGCGAGUGCGCUCAUGCUGACGUCCACGAUUCAUGCGCCGAAUGAGAGUCUGCUCAGACUGGGCUGUUGUCUCAGCUACACCUGCACCGCUCAAGCGCAAUUCUGUGCGACGCAAGCGGCAGGGUGCUGCUGUUGCAUCGCGGGACUCUCACCGGUUGGACGCGGGUUGCGGGUGCUGAAGGACCGAGCGCACGAAAGAGCGGAGCGUGAAGAGGCCGAACGGAGGCGAUUAAUGGCGUCGCUUUUUGGUUCUACACCCCCCGACCCUGUCCAAAUGGAAGAUACGCCCAUUCUGAGUCCUCACCAAAGAAGGCGAGGAACCGGCUUUCUUAGUCGCACCCUCAGCACAUGAUAGCUGAUUACUUUGUUUGACAGACCAACACCAACGAACUGCAUCAUGCCUGUAGUAUUGGUUCAUUCAGUAGGCCUAGAAAAGGCAAAAGGGACGAGCUGCCCGCACCAGAGCUCCGAUAUUAUUUUGCAAAACCAAAACCAAAAUCUUAAUGCUGAGAAUAACUUUUUGAAAAUGUGCCUGUCCGGGUCCGGGUGCGCACACCUUAUCGAUCUGAGUCUGACUACCGCUUCGAACAAGAAAAAAUAAGCGCGACGCCCAAAGGCAAACGCAAAUCGAUGUUAUUGCAAUAGUAUGCAAUGGAGCUUGUUCGUCUGCUCCGACUGCGACCGCCACUAGCAUUUUUACAUCGACAGAUGGUCUUUAUGGCAAUGAAUUGCUUCC